AUGAAUCAAUACCAAAAUAGCGGUCUGAUAAGUAUACAAGGUCAAUUAUACGAAGUAGAUGAGCAUUUACCGGCCCCAAAAAACUUAUAUGCUCAAAAUAAAUGCAGAAGAUGUGGUGGUGAUAGAAACGAUGACAAUGAUCAUAAAAUAUGUUUAAUUAAAUGUCAACAUUGUGGAAAUAAUAAACAUUGUUCAAAUGAUUAUCGGUAUCCUUCUCUUCUUGAUUUUCGUCGUCAAAUCGUAUCUGAACUUCGUAGAAGACCUGAUUGCUUACCACCUCAAGUUCAAUUUUUUAUUCCAACUGACUGUCGUCCGAAAGGUAAUUAUACUCGAAAAUUGAUUAAUCCGACUACUGAACAUCGGCAACGUAAAUUUACACCUCAAUUAAAUAUAAAUUCAACAAAUGUAUGGCCUGAGCUACCCUGCCGACAAAGCAACACCGAACAAAUAUUCAAUUCAACUGUAAAAGAAUUAGCAGAGUUAAAACAAAAAUAUAUCGAAGACCAACAGAAUAUUGAACAACGCUUCCAGGAACAACUUAAGAGUAUUCAACAUGGUUGGACAGUUAUUCAAAACCGAGUAUUAACUCAAAAUGAAAUGAUCACAACGGUAUGUAAUAUUGUUGAAGAUGUAUUAUUUGACUCAUGUCAAACCAUAAAUAAUAUGGUUGGAAAUAUAGUAAAUGCAAUUAGAAGUAAGUCUACAACAGAAGAGGAACAAAAAACAUUUUUAACAAUUGAAGAACAUCUCAAGCUAAUGACAGCAAAGUUAAUCGACAAGAAACAAAUCUACAAUCAAUUUCAAGAACAAUUGCAAGUAUUAAUGCAUCAACAACGAAAUGCUGCAACAUCGAUAAUGAACUCAUUAUUUUCAAAAACGAAUGUAUAA